AUGAGAGACAAAAAGGUCGACGUAGGCAUUACGUAUCACGAACAGGCUGAGAGCAUCGCUAUCAAAGCAGGAAUCGCGGAAGGAUGCCCAACAUCGGGGGAGACCAACUCCACCCCCUGCGCUGCAUUCCGUGAUCACUUUUACCUGGUUGGCCCUCGUGACAACAAACCAGGCCUCAGGGAGGGAGAUGCCGUGGUGGAAAUGUUCGUCACGCUGUACAAUGCAGCAGAGAAAGGCCUGGCUCGUUUUUUGAGUCGAUUUGACAAAUCCGCAACCAACAUCAAGGACUCGGAGUUGUGGAUCAGGAUAGGACAGGUCCCAUGGGCCACUAAUUACUCUAAGUGGUAUCACCAAUACAUGGCGUAUCCACAAGAAGCCCUGAAAGCCGCUGUUGCCCUUGAAGAGUUCACAAUCACGGACCGUGGCACAUACCUGACGCUCAGGGAAGCCGACGAAGCACUGGCUGAGAAGACGCGGAUCUAUAAGAGUGGAGAUGAAAAUGAUGCUCAAGAGCUAUUGAACCCCGCAAAUAUGAUCAUAACAGCAAACAGUGCCCGCAAGGAAAGAGCACGGCAAUUCGUUGAGUGGGUCCAGGGAUCAGAGGGUCAGUCGGUGAUUGACUGUUUUGCGAAGGGUAAAUAUUGCCUGUACAAAUCUGCUAUUCCCAGUGAGUACAGUGAGCCUCGCUGUCCCUGCAUAUGGGAGCUCCCGGAACAACAGAGUUAUCCAACGUCGUCCUUGGAGCAGAGCUAUCUGGGUCCGAAAACAUAG